GCUAUGUGGCUUUGAACCCUUCUUUGACCCAAGAGGAGAUCAGUAUAUGUACAGCCGAAUCCUAAAUUGUGACUACGAGUUUGUCUCCCCUUGGUGGGAUGAAGUGUCCCUCAAUGCCAAGGACCUGGUGCAAAAGCUGAUUGUCCUGGAUCCCCAGAAGAGGCUAACAGUUCUUCAAGCCCUAGAGCACCCUUGGGUGACGGGCAAAACUGCUAAAUUUGCUCACAUGGACAGCACCCAGAAGAAACUACAAGAGUUUAAUGCAAGGAGGAAAUUAAAGGCUGCCGUGAAAGCAGUGGUGGCAUCCAGCCGCCUUGGCAACCACAGCCACCACGAGGGAUGCAGAAAUGAGCGCCAUCAGGAUGCUACCACAGAGGACAGCGCAGCUCCCUCGGCAGAGAGUGGCCUCUUCCUCCAAGAAGAGAACCUUUACGAGGAGAAGAAGGUGGAGACUGACACAGAAGAAGCCGUGACCAUAAACAGCCCCUUAGCCAAGGUCGAGAAGCUGGAAGGUUUCCAGAACGAGAGUCCCGUAACCCCGGUGAUGAUACUUAACGGUUCCGGCUGCAACACUUAACCCUACGGCACACCAGUGCAUUGCUCUUGUCACCAACUCAAGGGGUAUAUGAAGUCUUGUCGCCACCGCCGAUAGACCAAAUUCGAACAAUGACCAUCAAAGGCCACCAGCCAGAUUGAGAGAGCAAUUCAGAUGGAGGAGGACCGAAAGCUAGUUGAACUUAUGAGAAAGUGCUACAGGGACAUCAUCUUCUACAACCUGGCCUCUUCUGGUUAUGUGCGAUUCCUGCUCCUAUCAUCUUCAUCCGGGGAUGAUGGGAGCUAUUGAUCCAAUUUUUUUGGAGAGCACCACACUGGGGAAAGCACUAAGGAUUGGCAACGCUGCGGGGGCUGAAGAGCCGUUUAUCUUGUUUUGCAGAGAAAUCCAUGUUCUUGAAUACCCUUGGUGUGUGUGUGUGUGUGUGUGUGUGUGUGUGUGUGUGUACGCACACACGCAAGUAUG